CGCCAGCCCCGUCGCGAAGUUUCUAGCCUGCGAGCGCCGCGGGGACGGCUGGACGUCUGCAGACCCGGGCCAUGCGGCCGCUGCUGCUCUUGGCCCCGCUGGGCUGGCUGCUCCUGGCCCUGGCCGAAGCGAAGGGCGACGCCAAGCCGGAGGACAACCUCUUAGUCCUCACAGUGGCCACGAAGGAGACCGAGGGGUUCCGACGCUUCAAGCGUUCAGGCCAGUUCUUCAACUACAAGAUCCAGGCGCUGGGCCUGGGGGAGGACUGGAAUGGGGAGAAGGGGACGCCGACGGGCGGUGGGCUGAAGGUUCGGCUGCUGAAGAAAGCUCUGGAGAAGCACGUAGAUAAGGAGAACCUGGUCAUCCUCUUCACAGACAGCUACGACGUGGUGUUUGCAUCGGGGCCCCGGGAGCUCUUGAAGAAGUUCCGGCAGGCCAGGAGCCAGGUGGUGUUCUCGGCUGAGGCGCUCAUCUACCCCGACCGCAGGCUGGAGGCCAAGUACCCCGCGGUAUCCGAUGGCAAGAGGUUCCUGGGCUCUGGAGGUGAGGAGUGUGGCCCGGUGCUCUCUUUCCUACAGGAGCAGAUCAACAUCACCCUGGACCACCGCUGCCGUAUCUUCCAGAAUCUGGAUGGAGCCUUGGAUGAGGUGGUGCUCAAGUUUGAAAUGGGCCACGUGAGAGCGAGGAACCUUGCCUACGACACCCUUCCGGUCCUGAUUCACGGCAAUGGGCCCACCAAGCUGCAGCUGAACUACCUGGGCAACUACAUCCCACGCUUCUGGACCUUCGAGACAGGCUGCGCUGUGUGUGACGAGGGUCUGCGCAGCCUCAAGGGCAUCGGGGAGGAAGCUCUCCCCACAGUCCUGGUCGGCGUGUUCAUCGAGCAGCCCACGCCGUUCCUAUCCCUGUUCUUCCGGCGGCUCCUCCGCCUCCACUACCCCCGGAAACAGAUGCGGCUUUUCAUUCACAACCAUGAGCAGCACCACAAGGCUCAGGUGGAGGAGUUCCUGGCAGAGCAUGGCAGCGAGUACCAGUCUGUGAAACUGGUGGGCCCCGAGGUGCGGGUGGCAAACGCUGAUGCCAGGAACAUGGGCACAGAUCUGUGCCGGCAGGACCGUGGCUGCACCUACUACUUCAGCGUGGAUGCUGAUGUGGCCCUGACGGAGCCUAAAACCCUGCGCCUGCUGAUCGAGCAGAACAAGAACGUCAUCGCCCCGUUGAUGACCCGCCACGGGAGGCUGUGGUCGAACUUCUGGGGGGCCCUGAGCGCAGAUGGCUACUAUGCCCGCUCUGAGGACUAUGUGGACAUCGUGCAGGGGCGGCGUGUUGGCGUCUGGAACGUGCCCUACAUCUCCAACAUCUACCUGAUCAAGGGCAGUGCCCUGCGGGCUGAGCUGCAGCAGACAGACCUGUUUCACCACAGCAGGCUGGACCCCGACAUGGCCUUCGGUGCCAAUAUCCGGCAGCAGGAUGUGUUCAUGUUCCUGACCAACCGACACAGCUUCGGCCACCUGCUCUCCCUGGACAGCUACCAGACCAGUCACCUCCACAACGACCUCUGGGAGGUGUUCAGCAACCCUGAGGACUGGAAGGAGAAGUACAUCCACGAGAACUACACCAAGGCCCUGGCGGGGAAGCUGGUGGAGAUGCCCUGCCCAGAUGUCUACUGGUUCCCCAUCUUCACGGAGACAGCCUGUGACGAGCUGGUGGAGGAGAUGGAGCACUACGGCCAGUGGUCCCUGGGAGACAACAAGGACAACCGCAUCCAGGGCGGCUACGAAAAUGUGCCAACCAUCGACAUCCACAUGAACCAGAUCAGCUUCGAGCGGGAGUGGCACAAGUUCCUGGUGGAGUACAUCGCCCCCAUGACCGAGAAGCUCUACCCGGGCUACUACACCAGGGCCCAGUUCGACCUGGCCUUCGUCGUCCGCUACAAGCCCGACGAGCAGCCGUCCCUCAUGCCGCACCACGACGCCUCCACCUUCACCAUCAACAUCGCCCUGAACCGGGUCGGCGUGGAUUACGAGGGCGGGGGCUGUCGGUUUCUGCGCUACAACUGCUCGGUCCGCGCCCCACGGAAGGGCUGGGCCCUCAUGCACCCCGGGCGACUCACGCACUACCACGAGGGGCUCCCCACCACCAGGGGCACCCGCUACAUCGCCGUGUCCUUCGUCGAUCCCUAACUGGCCAGGCCGGGCCACCUCGGACCUCUUCCUCUUUGCCAACAACCACUGCCAGGCGGCACUCUGGGGCCUCGGGGCUCCAGGGCACCCGGUCCAGCCUCCAGGCUCUUGACCUCCAUUGCUCUUGGGGCCGCCGUUGGGAGAGAUUUGGCCGCGAGCCGGAGGCCACCUCCUUGGCUGGGGCUUUCCUGGUGCUCUGGACCUGGCCCAGGGAGAUACUGUUCGUGCUCAUUGCUUUGUGGCAACGCACCCUUUCCCACCCAUCUUCCUGAAAUGCCCAGUCCCCUUCGUCUGCUUCUUCCACGAGGCGGGACUUGAGCAGAACAGGGGCUGAGCCGGCUGCCCAGAGGUGCUCCGGGUGUGAGGAAGGAGCCCUGGCACAUCUCCCGGGCAGAGCUGCAGCCCCAGGACCUCUGCUCCCAGCAGACACGGAGACCAGAUCAGAUUCAUGCCCCCUCCCUGCCCCUGGGACUGCCGAAGCCCCUUCCUCCGUGGCUCCUGUUGUGGGAGCAACCUGCUGUCCCCCGGAGAUGAUGACUCAGAAACCCCCCUGGGGGACAGGACAGGCAUGGAUGCCACAGCUCCAUCCUUUGCAACAGAGGCGGUGGGGGGGGGGGGAGAUGUCCACACACUGCAGUGACUCACCCUGUCCCGAUGCCUCUGGGGAGAGGGACAGAUGGAGACAGGAGAGUUUCUAUUAAAGAUCAUUCACACCACAGA